UUCACUGCAGAGAGUGGAGAAGCAGUACGUCAGCAUUAACCAGAGAGGGAUUUUAUAGCUCUCUUUACUCACACCAGUGAUCAAAAUGACAAAAUCAAAGAACAUGAAGAAAGAGAAAAAAGAGAAGAUAAGUGUAGCGAGUGAGAUUGACCGUAUUGAGGAGCAGCGAUUGCGCUGUCAGAGUAGUCUGGAAAGGGCAGAGUUCAGGCACCGACAGGAGCAGCUUUCAGACGAGGACAGACAAGCCCUAGAAGAUGAAAUGACGAUCAUGAAUGAGAGCAUACAGAAAUACGAGAAGGAGCUGGAGGUGCUGCGAGGAGAGAACAGGAGGAAUAUGAUACUCUCUGUAGCACUCUUGGCCAUCAGUGCUGUGUUCUAUUAUACCUUUAUCUACUGAGGACACCUAUCUAACACUACGGCCUUGACCUAUUAUGAUCACCAUUCUGACACUAUGGGACAUUUUAAAUAGGUCAGAAGCACUGUAUCCUUCUAUUUAUAGAGGCAACGUUUCACGAUGUGUUGUGCCAAAACUUAGUGAUAUGGACCACACUGGAGUCUUAUCUAGCAUGAUUGAGCUACAUUUUGUAGCACUAUGUAAGCUCCUGCCAAGUUUUCAUGUUAUGGUUCUGCUUUUAUGCGAAAUCUAAAUGGGUUUGCUUCCUUGGAGAACUUUUGAAAUGACUCCUUUAGUGUGCUUUAUCCCUCGUUGGUGUGCGCAAGAACAUGUUUUGCUGUGUAAUGAAUAAUUUUUAAUAAAAAUGAUAUAUCGUAAUAACUGA